UGACUAAGAGGCAAAGUGGGGGGAGAAACAGACACACACGGGGCCUAGUCGCCACAUCUUUUCAUGCGAAGAAGCUGUGCCGCUAAACCACCCGUUUUUGGUUUCCCAAAACAACUCCGGCCCGGGCCUCAGUCCGCGGUCUAGAGUUUGAUUGCGGGCGGUUUUGAGACUGAAGCCCGUCGGCGUGUAGCUGCUAGCCAGCCCCUGCACCCUAACCACCAUCAUGGGAGACAGUAGAGAUUCCCACAGCCCAGACAGUUCGUCUGUGUCCUCCCCUCCAUCAGGCCAGCGCUCACCUCCGCUGGUUCCCUCAGCUGCUUCCAUGACCUCCCUGCCUCCCAUCACCACCUCAGGGGUCAACAGCCCCAUCAGUAGCAUCGGCUCCCCCUUUUCUGUCAUCAGUUCUUCGCUGGGCUCGCCCGGUCUACCUGGCACACCAUCGGUGGGCUACGGCCCCAUUAGCAGCCCACAGAUCAACUCAACAGUGUCCAUGUCAGGGCUUCAUGCAGUGAGCAGCUCCGACGAUGUGAAACCUCCGUUAGGCUUGAAGCAGCUGUCGUGUCACAGCCCAGGGCCGAUGCUUUCCCAGAAACGCCUCUGUGCCAUCUGCGGAGACAGAUCCUCUGGUAAGCACUAUGGUGUCUACAGCUGCGAGGGCUGUAAAGGCUUCUUCAAGCGCACAGUACGCAAAGACUUGACCUACACUUGUCGGGACAGUAAAGACUGUAUGGUGGAUAAGAGACAGAGGAACCGCUGCCAGUACUGCCGCUACCAGAAGUGCCUGGCCAUGGGCAUGAAGAGAGAAGUGGCCACGAUGAACGACAGAUCUGUCCAAGAGGAACGGCAGAGGAACAAGGAACGAGAGGGAGAGGUGGAGUCGUCUAGCGCGGUGAACGAGGAGAUGCCAGUGGAGAAGAUUUUGGAAGCGGAGAUGGCUGUAGAGCAAAAGACCGAGCUUCAUGCAGACGGAAGUUCAGGUGGCAGCUCUCCCAACGAUCCUGUCACCAACAUCUGUCAGGCAGCAGACAAGCAGCUCUUCACCCUGGUGGAGUGGGCUAAGAGGAUCCCUCACUUCUCUGAGCUGGCCCUUGACGACCAGGUCAUCCUGCUACGUGCAGGCUGGAAUGAACUGCUGAUUGCAUCGUUCUCUCAUCGCUCCAUCUCGGUGAAGGACGGGAUUUUACUGGCCACCGGCCUGCAUGUCCACAGGAACAGUGCUCACAGUGCAGGUGUUGGAGCCAUCUUUGACAGGGCGCACAAUGCCGAGGUUGGGGCCAUAUUUGACAGAGUUUUGACAGAGCUUGUAAGCAAGAUGAGAGACAUGCAAAUGGACAAGACCGAGCUCGGCUGCCUUCGAGCCAUCAUCCUCUUCAACCCAGAUGCCAAGGGUUUGUCCAACCCCAGUGAGGUGGAGCUCCUGAGAGAGAGGGUGUACGCAUCUCUUGAGUCUUACUGCAAACAGAAAUACCCCGAUCAGCAGGGCAGGUUUGCAAAGCUCCUCCUCCGGCUCCCAGCACUGCGCUCCAUUGGUCUGAAGUGCCUAGAGCACCUGUUCUUCUUUAAACUGAUCGGAGACACGCCCAUCGACACCUUCCUGAUGGAGAUGCUCGAGGCGCCUCACCAGAUCACCUAGAGGAGCCAGGUUCAGUCCGGUCAGGAUCCGAUGCACAGCAGGAUUACCAACACGUCACCCCAUGUUGGGUCUUUGGCUCCUCUCAUUGGGCCUCACUUAAAACUGCAACACCUGCUGGCUUUAAUGUACCGGCUCUCACACUUUUACACACACACACACACACACAUACAUACAUAUUCCAUGACACUGUCUAAUUAUCUUCACACAUGCAGAUCCUAACUUGCAUACAUGAAUUGAAAUGCAACAUAAUUAAUACACCGAUGAUAUGGCUCUGAAUGAACAGUAUGCUAAUACACACUCAAACACACAUUUAUACCUUUUCCCAUAAUCAGUUUUCCACCGUGGGGGUUAAGACUCAAGGAAUAUAUCCCCUUUUUAUCACACAUACUCAGUAAAUUUCUUAAUUUUAAGUUAGCCUUCAGUUUCACAUCCUCAUCUCACAGUGGGUUUUUGCUUCUGCGUAACUGGUAUAUUUCCCUGUUUUUAAUUGGGUUACUUACUGUAGUUACCCUGCUAGCAGCACCUCUAUAUAUUUUAUCCAUCACUAUCUGGUUGGUUAUUCAUGUAUGGUUUUAGCUUAAAAUCAGGUGCGUAGCAUUUUAAUCAACUGCCCAUCAUCGAACUAAUUCACUUCUUAUUGGUCAGGAGGUGUCCUAUCAUGGACAGGCAGAUAAACCCUCCCAGUGAGUUCAUCCAAUCUCGUAAACAUUGAAAUACUUUGUUUAUUUUUAAUAUUCAUGCUGAAACUUGUUUGAGUUUCUAUUUUGAAGUACUGUACUCAUGAAAUGAGAGCUUUUUCCAAGGCAUUGAAAUCCAGGAAAAGGGGAGUGGGAGCACUUUGUUGAACAGACAAACUUUGUCCCUCCCACCCUGAUGCGCACAGCGGGCUUUGUAAGACAAGACGAAUGACUUGAAUUUUAUUUUGUAUUCCUAAUCCUAGUUUUGAUUUAAUCCUUUCCUCUAUUUUGGCAGUUGGUUGGCAUUUUAAACCGCUUGCAGGAACACAGCUUCAUGCAAGACAAAUCAUAGUUGUCGGUCUUUUAUCUCCUGUUUCCUCCAAAUCCUCCUUUUGCUGUUGGUCAUGUAUGCACUUUUGUGAGUUGUAACUGUGUAAAUGUUCCUGUUUCCUAAAAAUGACCGUAUAUUAUCAGACACCUAUGAUGACCCUGAAGGUACUAUGUGUAGGGUUUUCCAAUUAUUGCAUCCAUUUUCGAAUCAGAUGUGAUGAUUUCUUUUUUUUUUUUUUUUUUUUAUAGAACUUGCUAAAUAAUUGGCCACUCCCUGUAAUGAUAACCAGGUUUGGGACUUAACACUACUGGCUGGCGGCAGGUGUGUUGGUCUCUCCUAACAACCAGUCUAGCUCUUGAUUGGUUACUCUUUAUUCCAACCAUUUUAUUUGUAUCAACUGUCCAUUGGCUAUAGAAGAGAAGAAAUAUUUUCUUUUCGCUUUAAGUAGUCUUUUGUAUAAUUGGUCAGCAUCUAUCGGAGUUGUUUGAGGCAUUGCUUUGUUUUCAAGAUGCUGCACUCUGUCCUCUGUAAAACAAGCAGAGAUGGAAAAAUGUAGAGACCAGCUGAAAUGAUCUGACAGUGGCAAAAACUCAACAUUAAUUUCACCAUUGUCAUCAAUCAAAGUCAAGUUUGGCUUAUCUGUAAUACUUCUGCAGCCCACCGUUAAUGGAUGAAUCAAUGGCUGGGACUACAGAUUGGUAAACAAUGCACCGGUGUUUGAAUUACUUGCGUAUUGUGUUACUGUAAUGCAAUAAUGAAAUUAGUUAGUGCUAUAAAAUGGAAAUCCUACACCUACUACCUGCAGCUUUGGAAUCUUUAUUCAGUGUUUAUUGGCUCAAUGCUUGCAACUUUUGUACAGUAAAUGUAAAUAAUACAAAAGAAAAAACAGUCAUGCAGAAACAAAGGCCUUUUCACAUUCAUAUGAAUGUGAAAUAUGUGGCUCCUACAAAGAAAUUUAUAAGCUCUAUUUUUUUCUUCUUCUGUUGAAUCAACAUUAGACUUGCCUCCCAUAUAAGGACAUCACCAUGAAGUUAUUAUUGAGCCCAGGGCCAAACCACACCUCACUGCUGCUUUUGCACUAACUUCUGCCAAUGUUUGUUCUUCUUGGCAAUUGAUUGGCUGAAUUUUUAAUUGACAAUUGCUCUUGACGUUUACUGUGAUUGAAAUUUGUGGCCAACUGAAUCUGAGCAUUGCAGUGAAAAAUCAAAUGCAGCUACCACGUGAUCGGGAGAAAUACACUAAACCAUGAAUUAAACCGUCUACACAUGCUCAAAGGUGAGCAAUACUGGGGUACACAAAGAUUUAUUACCUUUUUUGUUAGUAUUUAAAACAGUGUUGACGUUGUGAGGUAUGUUUAGCCUUCUUAUUAGUCACCAUGUUUUAAUAUAAAUUAGAUGCAUACAUUUUGCAGUAUCAUUCUACAGGGAAGAGGUACAGCUGUCCUCUACCAGGUGCUAAAUAACUGAAAUGGUCUUUUAGUUUUAAGACAUGCACAUUUACAUCAAUGCAAACAACAGUAUGCAAGUACACAGACAAAUCAUUCUCCACUUAUUAUAACAGGUCUGCUUAGGAUGUAGGACUCCUCCUUUUAUUUGUUUAUUUUUGUUACUUUAUGACCCCUCAUUUUAUUGUAGACUCCCAACUAUGGAAAUGAACACCAUCUAAGUGCUUGUUCAUUUUUGCUGUGGCUGAUAAGUCUUUGUACUCUACCAGACACAGCCUGUGUCUUUUGUAUUUUAGAAAGCAGCUAGGCUGGUGGAAGCAAUGAAAGUAGCUGGUGAAUGUUGGGGGUCCACCAGCUACUUUGACCAGAAUGAGCAAUGAGCUACCUGCCCUGCAGAUAGGCCAAAUACUUCUCUAAGAAGUGAUGUGAUGUGGACUUGGAGGCUGACCGUUCGAUGACCUGUAAGACAGGUGUUUUUGUUUUACAUGUCAGUAAGUUGGUCUAACCUUAGAGUUUGGUGUCGUUUCAGUUUUUCUCCAUCCAUGCAUAUGCACGGGCCAACUCUGCAAAGUAGUCCCCAGAUGUCCAUUCAUUUUCUACAUGCGGAGAAAAGUCAGCCCCUCGUGCACCAUUGCUGCCUCAUGUUGGUGUUUGUUGGCAAAGAAUAGUAAGGUGGUGGCAAGCUUAUGAUUUAGGUGACGAGCACCAACAUCUGCUAGCAUUCUUGUACUGUAUAUAAUGUGCUAUGGUCUCAAAGACUUGAGCGAAAAGGAUUUUGUGGCCACCAGACUUUGAGAUCUGUGAUCUGGAUUAGAGCACGGUUAUCCUAACACAGUUUGACUGUGGAAUGAAGUUUGUGAGUGCAACCCACUUGUCCCUUAGCGAGUGGGCUGACUUAAGGCUGUGUUCAUCUUCUGUUAGGUUUGACAUCUCAGCAACUAUCUCUGCCGGAUUUUCUUUUUGCUUCCUCUGUUGAAUGUUUAAGCCUGCUGCUACUGCCUCGUGUUUAUAGCUGGAGAUGGGAAUGAUUACACAAUCAGUCAAGUGCUGAAGGAUCCACUCGUUGGAUCCACAUAAAAAAAGAAGAAGAAAAUUCUAAUCGCAUACACAGCUUAAUGCAAAUGCCAAUCUUUGUUGAUGAUUCAUUUAAAAAGUAAAAAUAUGCAACUUGUAUAUUCAUAUUGUGGUAAACAGUUGUCAUGCAAUAUGUGUAUAUGUUUCUGGCAUUUGCAACUUGUAGCUUAGUCUGUUACAUGAGUUAAUAUUAAUUGGCAGUGAAUUUUUUUUUUUAGAAUUCCCAUCCUCCAUAUAACAGCAAUGUGUUUUAAGUUUUGCCAUUUCUAUAUUUCCUAACAUUUUGCUGUGAGCUUAGGUCAUUUAGACGAUGAUAAACAGAAAAAAAAGAAAAAAAGAAAGCUAUACAGUCAGUGCAGGUUCUGUAUGCUAAGCCACUUUAAGCUUUGCUGAUCAAGCAAGAGCUGGUGGUUGGUUAUUUCAUUUUUUUUUUUAGCAUUUGUCAUAGGGUAUGUGUGGCCACGUGUGUAUGCUUUUAUGCACAUGUGUAAUGAAUCUGUCGGCAGCUACGCCUUUUGACUGGCAGAUAUACUAUAGCUUUGGCGGUGAUGUGCUGAGCGCUGUUAUAUUGGUUUGUUGAGCAGUGUAAUCAAAUGAUGCACAGAGGAAAAGGAGCCAGCCUGGAGGGGUGAUGAUGAACUGGCGUGUUGAUCUGAUGUUUCAUCGAUACAACCCUGCCUCUUCCCUUUCUCAACAUUGUGGUGUUUCCACUGCUCGCCCGUGAGGGCUGAACAUUUCUGGGCUUUGACUUGUAAAAUAAUCCUUUGAAACUUGGAAGUUUGAAAAGGAUGUGAAGCUUUUCGUGGGACAAGCAUCGGAGAGCUUGUAAGGAAGGGAUUCAGUGCCGAGUGUCCCUCUUUGCUUACUUUACUUGACGGCAGAGCAGCGGCGAUCUGCGGUCGCUAUGGGAGACCGCCGGAUCGCACCGCACCGCCCACAAAUGUUUGUCAUUGCAACCGUGUGCACUCAAGGCAGACGCAUGCUGUGACCUUUUGACUGUGUAGCAGUAUGGUUGUCGCCGCCAGUACUCGCUUUUUGAAAAGAAAUACAUUGAUUAAAUAUGCUUUUUUUUUUUUUUUUUUUUUUUUUUUUUUUUAAAUGGAUCGCAGGCUGUGACUGAAGAAUAGAUCAUUGUGUAUAGAUUAGAUAUCAGGGCGGCAUUUUUACCUAUUGACACAGGCCCCCUGGAGCCAGGGCCCAUCCCAUGAUGAUCAAUGGCAGUGUGUGCCAUGCAGCCUUGAAACCACCACCCUCACUGGUUUAUUUAUCACUGCCAAGUUGUUUGCGGAUGUGGCCGUUUUUAAAAUGGAGGGCCACUCAGUCCCCAGUGCUCGUUUGUCAUGUACGUUGUGAUUAUUGUGCAGUACACUAAAGAGUGUGCGUUAACCUUGGCCUGUGUAGUGCAUACUAAAGAGGGGCCCUAAUAGGAAUGGAAUGACAGCUUGUGUGGAGAGGGGAGGACUGGUCACCGGAGAGAGAGGUAGACCAGUGUGUGGCCCCCUCUUGGUGCUCAACCUGUGCAUUGGUGCUUUUUUUUUAUAGGGUUCCCUGGCCCUUAAAACAUCUGCUUUGGUUUCCAAGACACAGGGAAAUACAUAUAUGACCUGAUCUUCUUUAGUUGCAUUGUUGUUGCAACCUGUUUUUACUGUGUUAGUCAUAUGUGGCUGUAGCUGGAUACUACCAGCAAUAAAAACAAAACCUUCAGAAAUUUUAUUUUAGAUUAUGAGGGAGAAACUGUGGCUCUUACUGUAGACACGGGGUGAAGGCCACCAGAAUCCACAGGUCUGGUUUGCAAGAGACAUCGGGUUGCAUUGAAUGAACUUGAUGGUAGAGAUCAUCUGAAUAUUCAUGAUCUGAAUAUGAUUGCUCUCUUUAAGGAGGAGGCUGUUGUUGUUGGUGGAGUUUAAGGUUGGAGGAAAUGUGAAGGGUAGGCCAGAGAGAGAAGGAGGGAAGAAAAGAAGGCCAUAAACUUGAAAAACUCAGAUCAGGUAUUCCUAUGUCAAGAAAAACAGAACCUAUUUUCCGGUAGAUCUAAAAACUUCCUUAAUUGUUUACUCUUCAACGUAAAGAAAUUCACACACUGUUUAUUUUUUUCUUGUUUCCUGUCUCCCUUCUCUCUGACUAUGGUAUUCAUCCUUUGUUUAUUACACAGUAUUAAACAAGUACAAGAACUGUAAAAUCAGAAUGAAUCUGUCACUUUUUUGUCAAAUUUUCUCUCUUUCUCUUGUGUCUGUUCUUUGUCCUGUUUGUAUCCUACUCCAUUGUACACACGGAGCUGAUUGACUAUUGUGUGCUUUGGGGAUUGAAAGAAGAAGAAGAAGAAAAAAAUAUGAAUACUUUUUUUCAGUCAUUAAUUCUGAAUCUUCUUUCUGUUUGUUGUAUCAUGUCCGAGUAAAGGUUUUAAUACUGUA